UUUUAAAUAUUUUUUCAGGGGUUAAACAUUAAAUGUCAGGAGCGUAGCUGGAAUGGACAAGGGUCUCCCGUGGAGACUUGGCCCCGCACUCCUCCGGCAUGAAGCUCGCUCAUCUCAUUCUGUUUCUCUUGGCUCUCCACUUGAGUUCUUCCAGGUCCACGUCAGCAUCAGAUCUGCCUCAGGAGGAGCUGGUUGAUCAGAAAUGCUUACUGCAGAAAUAUACGCAUCGCUCCUGUGACAAGGUCUUCUGCCAGCCAUGGCAGAGAUGUAUCGAAGGCACCUGUAUCUGCAAACUCCCCUACCAGUGCCCAAGGGCUGGCACCCCAGUGUGCGCCACGAAUGGAAGAAGCUACCCGACAUACUGUCACCAGAAGAGUUUCGAAUGUCUUCACCCAGAGAUCAAAUUUUCACAUAAUGGAACGUGCGCAGAUGAAGGUAGGAAAGAUGCGCGUAAGCAAGCCAUUCGGACAAGAGAGAAGUCUGAGAGCCUUACUUCUUGUGAUAAGGUUAUAAACACAGAGUUUAUUCUUCCACCAGUUUUCACUCAUUCUGUUUGCAGGGGUGUUCGUGACAUCCAAGGAAGUUUUAAUAUAUCCGAAAAUCUCCAUAUAAACGACACUGAAUGCCUGCAUGUACAUUGCCGGGGAGUAGAGACCAGUUUGGCGGAGUGUGCCUUUACGAAGAGGAGAACUGAGAUGUCCUAUGGCUUGGCGGGUGUAGUGUGUUACACGCAGGAUGCAGAUUUCCCAACGAGUCCGUCCUUCCAGUGUGUGAAUGGGAAGCACAUUCCUCAGGAGAAAGCCUGCAACGGUGUCAAUGACUGUGGAGACCAAAGCGAUGAGCUGUGUUGCAAAGGUUGCCGAGGUAAUGCUACCCUUUGUAAGUCGGGAGUUUGCAUUCCAGACCAAUAUAAGUGUAAUGGUGAGGUGGACUGCAUCACUGGUGAAGAUGAGAGUCGUUGUGAAGAAGACCGACAGCAGAACAUUCUAAAAGGCCUUGCGCGGUCAGUUCAAGGAGGAGAAGCUGAAAUUGAAACUGAAGAAACAGAAAUGUUGACUCCUGGUAUGGACACUGAGAGAAAACGGAUAAAGUCCUUAUUACCUAAACUCUCCUGUGGAGUCAAAAGAAAUACUCACACUCGCAGGAAACGAGUGAUUGGAGGGAAGCCAGCGAAUGUGGGAGACUACCCAUGGCAGGUGGCAAUUAAGGAUGGCCAAAGAAUCAACUGUGGUGGCAUUUAUAUCGGUGGCUGUUGGAUUCUGACUGCUGCGCACUGUGUCAGACCCAGUAGAGCUCACAGUUACCAAGUCUGGACGGCUUUAUUAGACUGGCUAAAACCUAACUCUCAGUUGGGAAUUCAAACGGUGAAGAGAGUUAUUGUUCACGAAAAAUAUAAUGGAGCCACCUUCCAAAACGACAUAGCUUUGAUUGAAAUGAAAAUGCACACGGGCAAGAAAGAAUGUGAACUCCCCAAUUCUGCCCCUGCCUGCGUCCCAUGGUCUCCAUAUCUGUUCCAACCGAAUGACAGAUGCAUCAUCUCUGGAUGGGGUCGAGGGGAAGAUAACCAAAAAGUCUACUCACUCAGGUGGGGUGAAGUUGAUCUAAUAGGCAACUGCUCUCAGUUUUACCCAGAUCGCUACUAUGAGAAAGAGAUGCAGUGCGCAGGUACCAGUGAUGGGUCCAUUGAUGCCUGCAAAGGAGACUCCGGAGGCCCCUUGGUCUGCAAGGACAUCAACAACGUCACUUAUGUUUGGGGCAUUGUGAGCUGGGGAGAAAAUUGUGGGAAGCCCGAGUUCCCAGGUGUUUACACCAGAGUGGCCAAUUAUUUUGAUUGGAUUAGCUAUCACGUUGGAAGGUCUCUUGUUUCUCAACACAAUGUCUGAAGCUAUGACCACCUUCUUUCUACACUUAUUCUUUUAGGAGUUACAUUUUAAUUGAAAUGAAACUGUAUAGUUAGUUCUCCUCAGAGCUGGCAAGAAGCAACUCUUAUUGGCUAGUCCUAAAGUUUCUCCCAAGUUUAUGCUGUUUUAGAAUUCUGCCAUAUAAUCCACAAUAAAUUUUUUGGCUAAGCAUA